CAGUUUGUGACAUCUUAUUAGACGAAAAAUUAGCGGAAAAUGCGGAAAACAUACUUUGCAAUAACAUAAAAUAAGUAAAAUGCUUUUUCGAGCUGUAAAGUGCUACAAAUGCGAUACAUAUCAGGUGGACAGUGUAAAGAAAGUCAAUAAAUGGCAAUGCCGGAUGUGCGGGGAGAAACAAUCCCUCCAAGGAGAAUAUGCUUCAGGAUCAGCGAAGGAUUGUCGGCUUCAGGUGCAACGUCUCAACAUGAUGAAAGCCGAAAGAGAUGUUCAAAAGACUGACUUUGCUGAGAAAAUCCUUAGUGGUGAAAUACACUUUUCAGGAACUGAGGCACAACCUCCUGGGGAGUGCUCUGUAAAAGGAUCAUCAAGCAAGUGGGCAGAUCUGGGGGAAGAAGCAGCGGAUGAGGGCGAAAAGGGGAGCAUUUUUUCCAAUCCAGUAAAUUCAGGGAACUCAUUAUGGAAAGAUAUUUACAACAAAGAAAUUAGUUCAAUGAAAAAUGAAAGAGACUUCCAGAAAGGUUCUUCAAUAUUUUCUCCAGCAAGCAAAGAACAAUUCAAAGCUAUUACUUCAACAAAGGAUUCAGACAGUAUAUUCCCGGAAGAUGUUGAAGAGAAGCCAAAGCCACCAACCUGGAAGGAUUUUUAUGGAAAGAAGCGACAAACUACAAAACAAAAGAAUCAAACUGAUGACAAUUCAAAGAGAUUUUUUGGUUCAGCAGAUUUCAGUAGCAGCGCCAGAAACAGAUCCAUGCCUCUUCCUAAGCUUCUGGAUUACAAGCAAUUAGUGGGAGGAAAUAAACCCUCCAAAAAUGCGAUGAGGGCUCGUGAAAAUGCAGAAUUGGAUGAAAAUGAAAGCCGAUUUCUUCCAUCAAGCAAGAAGUUCAGAGCUACAGAUUAACAAUCCAGACGUGAAAAUGAAUAAUUACAAUUUUAUGUAAAAUUACAUUCUUAACGUAUACUUCGGUUGUGUAAAAUUGUGUAUACUUCUGAGUAAUUCAUAGUUCUUUGUAUCUUAACCAUAUACUUCGGUACUAUUGCAACUUCACCGUGAAUAUAAGUAUUGGCGUGGAAAAUGUUAAAAUUCGUGUUGAUACACUGAUACAAAAUAUUUUAUUGUUUUAUUAAAUACUGAAUGAAAAAUUA